AUGAAUAUCUGCAUAGAGUCCGCGCCUGGCUACCAAUACGACUUCCAUUAUAAGAAGCAACAGCAUAGCCAAGCGGUAAAACCUACAUUGUAAUACAAGUCUUGUCGAAAUUCUAUUUCUACCACCUUCUAGCAUUAGCAAUGCUGCAUCAAAACUUAAACAACUGACCACUCUCACACUCUCUAAAGAAAGUUGCCUUUAGCAGACAAGAAUGACAAUCAAUCAAUUAAAUCAAAGUGCAAUAGCAAUACAACCAGGUGACGCUGCAUUACACGCUUAGUGACGUGCACGAAUGCCAUGAUCACAUGCAAGCACAUGAGUAUUCACAGCUUAACGAGAUACCGGACGAUGGCUAUGACAGUAGGUACGAUACCCGAGUCUGGUUGAAAGGAGCCAAUUUCGAGCGACGCCGCUACUUGUUUUUAUGAAGAUGUCGUGUGUGAGUGUGAGUACGUGUUUCUUGUGUUUGUGUGAUUUUGAUUUCGUUCUUGAUGAGAUCGUGAAAGGAAUAUACUUAGUGGAGUUACAAGAGACCUUUCUUAGGUUGAUGCAUUAGAAGCAUCAAAUUAGAGGAUUAUAAUUAAGGUACGACAACGACAAGGCGUCCAAGUCCAUCAAAAUUACGUCUUUCUAAUCUUCCUGAACAACUACGAGCACCUCGUCUUCAGACCGCCUCUGCAUGGAAAACACGCGGGACACAAUCGAUUCGAAAUUUUACGCGGUCCUGCCUUUCGCAACAAGUUGUAUGUGAAGGGCAUGCUUGUGCAGCAACCGCAUUUAGAUUCGCAUGGGAAUAUUAGGAGUACCGUCAAGCCAUCUCCCACAGCAUCCUUCACGCAGUUUCUAUUUGAAAAGAAGUGAAAGAUGUUCUAACAGAUGGGUUGUCGAUAUUAGCUCUAAGAAUACUUGGAGAGGAGCGCGCCGCGCUGGAGAUAAAUGGUACGGUUACAACUUUCUCGACUUCGACAUGAAAAGCCGCGAUCGAGAGAACUCGAUCAGCUACCAUGAUUAUGGCUUGAAGAAAUCCAUCUUGUUCCCCAAAAACAUCUCAGGGGACCCACUUUAAAUUUCAAGAGAAAUAAAUGGGCAGCGAGAUGCCCACCAAGACGAAUUUCUCCGAAUUCUAACAUGAAGAGCGAGCAAACAUAGUGCAAGCGUGGCACGAGGUGUUGUGUCUGUGCCGUGGUGCAGACAGCGACUACGGAAACGCAUGGGCGACAGAGUUACGACUCCUCCGCUUUGUUCAUCUUUUUUUUCGAUGCUGAGUGUGACCACGAGGACUACGUUUUUAGUAGUAGAAGAAGUAGUACGGUAGAAUAAGAAUCAAUUACUUAUUCGUAGUAUUUUUGAGUGCGCCUCCUCCUGCGUUGGGUAGUUGUACUUAAUACCAGAAGGUGCAAACCGCCAAGUGGAGCUGGACCACUAGCGAAGAUCCCUUCUAAGAAAAGCAGCGCGACAUUUAAUGCGAACGUUUGAAAGCAAGCCAGAGUGUUUCGAGUGUCAGUGUAUUUCGCAGAGCAGUGACGCCAAUGGAAAUUUGGUCAAGAAGAAGGUGUGGACUGUAUUUCAGAAGAGAUAUGCGGGGACAAACCCCCACAAUGGAAACAUUGUCUUGCCACAACCUUUAAGGCUUUUUCGUUUUUUACCUUAAACAUCCAUCCUGUGAAGCAUCCUGGAACUGUCCCAGCAUAAGGGCAUGAGGAAAACAGUUCCAAGAAGAUGGACUCCACCAAAAUGGACUUGGACUUGGGUGAGGAGCUCUAAAACGAUUCGCAUCGGGGAACGAGAGUAAGAAGAAACUCAUCAUCAAAUGCGGUUACAGGCCUAUCGCAGUACCAACGAACUUAUACAACAUGCUUGCGGGCUUUAUGAAAGGAAAAAGUGCAAACUCACACUCAAGAACAACUUGGCUAGAAGGAUUUAAGUAGGAAAGUAGCUCCUUUCUUGAGUGUGAGCGCGCUUUUUCUUUUCAUAGUAUUCCUACCGGAUUUAGAUGAAGAGUAUCUCACCACCCGCGCGAAUGAGCUUGAGAAGUUGCCAGCCGACAGAUCAGGGUGUGGUCGGAUGUUCCAUGACAUAUUAGCGAAGCUAUUUAGGGAAAUUUUUAGUGCAAAGAUCCAAGAGGCGCGACAAAAUUGGUCUGAAAUAGUGUUAAGGGUUGGAAGUUGACCUACCAUGAAGCAAGACGUAGAAGGAAGUAGUUGCUAGUUCUCUCUUCUUAACCCCUGGAGUGGGUACAUUCAUUCACCUCUUCAACAGGCAAUGGCUUAGAUAUGCGAGUUAGAUCGGUCAACUUUCAACCCCUAAUAGUGGACAACAGCCAGGCUGCGAGGCGGGCAGCACAUGGCUACGGAGGCUUAGCAGCAAGUAUUCGUGGAGCGUGCUCGGGAUCAACAAGCUAUAGCGAUCUGUCAAACAUGC